AUGAAUCUUUUAAUUGUCAUAAUUAUCUCCACCGCCCUCCCAAUUAUUCUUAUACUGCUUGGAUUUUGACUACCAAACCUUAACCCAGACAAUGAAAAAGUUUCUCCUUACGAAUGUGGCUUUGAUCCAUUAGGCUCAGCCCGUCUACCUUUUUCACUAAAAUUUUUUUUAGUCGCUAUCUUAUUUUUACUGUUUGAUCUAGAAAUUGCCAUCCUUCUACCACUUCCCUGGGCCCUUCAAUAUGAUACCCCAACCACUGCCUUUCUAAUUGCACUCUUGAUUUUAAUUUUACUAACACUAGGCCUCAUUUAUGAAUGACUUCAAGGAGGACUAGAGUGGGCAGAAU